AUGAGUGACAGAAGAAGAAUAACAGGACCAGUAAAUACAUUGGUACCAACUAUUCCCACUCCCGACGACAAUACAUCAUCAACAAAAGUUACACCAACCCAAUCCGCCACUUCCUCCUCAUCAAAUCAAGUACCGCCAUUCUUUCUCAAACAUGGACUAAUCACAAACUCCAACGGAUCAGCAUACUUAGAAAUCAAUGACACUACAAUAAUCCAAGUAUCAGUCUUUGGACCACGACCAAUCCGUGGCUCAUUUAUAGAUAAAGCAAGUAUUAGUGUCGAAACGAAAUUCCUUCCCCAUGUCCCUCAACCACAAUCAGACAUCUUCAAUGACUCAAACAACAACAGUAACGGUAGGGAUACAUUCAAUGCAUCAGGAUAUAGGACAGGUAUGAGUCCAAUUGAACAUCGAUUUAGUUCAUAUUUAGAAUCAUGUCUAUUACCGAGCAUCUUGUUAUCAAAAUACCCCAAAUCGACAAUUGACCUACAGGUUAGUAUAAUUUCUACUGAUCCACAGUGUCGUGGGCUUGGUGGCAUGUUGUGGCUUAUGCAGUGGAUUGUUGUUGUUUCAAGUUUAGCCAUUAUUGAUGCAGGAAUUGAAAUUAGGGAUGUUGUAACUAGUGGAGUUGUUAAAUGGACUCGCGAGGGGGAAAUUCGUAUAGGACAGGAUUUGGAUUACAAAAAAGAAGAAGGUGGCGUUGAGAAUGGUAUUUAUGCGUUAGUUAGUUUUAUGAAUUUGAAAAAUGAUGAAAUUGUUGGAUGUUGGUUUGAAGGAGACGGAGAUGAUGAUGGAUUGUCAGAAUCAGAAGUGGAAAAGUUGAUUGAUGAAAGUUGCAAAAUGUCAAAAUUGAUUAGAGCAAAUUUGAAUUCAUAUUUAUUGAAGUCGUUCAGUUGA